CUGUGGUCCACGAAAAAUACGUGCUCCGGGUGUCAUCAUGAACCUCGUUAUAGAUGAUCAACACCGGUUUCGAGUCCCCCACAAAUUGAUCAUCAGGGCAGGCAUCAAUAAAAGGGUAGGACCUUGGAAUGCGUGUUAUUUUUUCCCGCGCGACCGCCUUGGGCUGAUCAUGCAGCUCGCGAAACGCGUAUCAUUUUCCCGCGCGUCCGCCGGCGGCGGGUUGUUUGUCACUUUACUCGGGUGUAAGAAAUUACAAACAUUUGGCCUUGUCGCCAUCUUUGCUGCAUUUUGUGUGUUGCGGCGGACGCGUGGUAUUGCCGGUUCUGGGCUGCAUGGAUUCGAAGAGGGCUGAGGGCUGUACAUCAAGACAAGACCAAAUAAGAUUCUCUUGUUGCCAUUGCUCUCUGUAUUUUGGUACUCAACGUGACGCUUCAAAACAUGCGAGGCAACAUUCUGGAAAUCCCUAUUUUCGCAUAGUAUGUCCAAUCUGCAAACGUUUUUUUACAUCUGUUCCGGGCUGGAGUAGGCACUUGAAAACCCAUAAUAUUCCAGAAGAUACCGAGACAUCGAGAUCACACGUGGUGGACACAGACUCCAGGACUAGUGAGUCUGUUGACGAAGAUAAUACAAGGCAUCCUAGUGCAGCUGAGAGUGAGACAGGCCCAAUUUAUGACUCCCGUAAGGAGCUGGCUUCCUUGAUUGUUCGCCUGAGGGCCAAAAAUGUUAUUGAAAGCUCAUGCCGGGAUGUGCUAGAUUUUGUCCAUUCAUUUACUACUAGUGCAAUCAAAGAGUAUGAAGAGGGAAAAGGCACAGAACAUGAAGAACGUGGAAGCAGUGGAUGCUCAGAACCUGACGUACCAUGCCUGAAGAACUGCGCGAAGCUGUUGGGUAAUGAUCAUCUUGAAGCGACAGCUCUGAAAGAAUUUGAUAUUGUUGAACCGGAGACCAUUGUUCUUGGCAAAGAUGAGAAGGGCAAAGAACACUCUUAUCAGUUCAUAUCACUGAAGGAUCAGCUGAGUUCCCGCAUCAGAACUCUUUCAUCUGAAGAUGUUCUAUCGCCCUCCGAUGAUCCAGAUGAGCUGAAGGGGCUGCAAGAUGGGACAGCUCAUCGCACUGUAGAGAAUGACACGCUCUCCCUCGUUCUGUAUUAUGAUGGAUUCCAGGCAGGAAAUCCCCUAGGGAACAAGGCGAAAGAACAGACACUCGGAGGUAUUUAUUGUAGCAUUGGAAACGUUCGAUCCCAAGGGAAAUUGGAUGACAUUUUUUGUGUGCUUCUGUUCGAGGAACAACUUCUUGAGAAAUACACGUGGACUGAGAUUCUCGAGAUUCUCGAUGCGCGUCCACGUGGACACGUGGACUCAGUAUCUAUAAAGAUUGGAUGGUGGUUGGUGGCGCUUUGGCUCCCUCAUUGCAUGAUAAUGUUCUUACCAGUUUUUAGUUUGUGGUAGGAUAAUGAAAAAUAUAAACGAAACGUCGGAUUGUCUUUUGAAAAAAAAACGAGCUAUUGUGUGUGCAGUUUGUAUUUUACGGCAUGACAGUGUUGCAUUGGUAACUGACAUGCGUGUCUAUGUGUGUCUGUGUGUUUUAGAAGCUGCGCUGGAGCAUCUCCUCAUCGAACUUCGCGAGGAAGACGCUCUUUACGCGGCACCGACGGCCGGAGGUCCAAUGGUUAUAUGGCGUGAUGCCCUCUGGGUCGAGGGAGAGAAGGUAGCUGAUUUUGAGAUACUGAACAAGAUCGACCAGUUCCUCACAUGGGGUGCUGCGUUCUCGGUGUUCGCUCAAAAGCCGACCAAGAAAAGCACGCGGUGCUCCGCAUACCUGGCAACCGUUAUGGUUCUCCAAACAGACGUGCUGAAGCCCCCGAAAGGCCUGGAGCGUAUCACUCAGUAAGCGUCAAGCUCAGUAGAUUCGUGUCGCCUGACUGUCCAUCUGAGGCCCGACUGAGUCGGGUAAGACUUACCUUUUUCCGUCUUGCGGAACUUCUUCACUGUCAGUGGGCCGAGAUAGUCGUGUGUUGAAAGGUCGUCUCAUGUCGACUCUCGCCUCUGGCAGGUCAGCCAUCCUGGGUAGCUGAGGGGUGGCUCUGCGGUUGCGGCAGAACGCACACUUCUGUUGACACACUUCUG